AUGAGGUUAACAGAUCUAAUCGUCGCCUCCGGCACCCUGCCAUUCGCAUCGGCAGCACCGGCGUGGUUGAGCCGUCGUCAGUCGGGAUCGACAAUCACUGUCGACCUGUCGAAGACAUACCAGACCAUCGACGGGUUCGGCUGCUCCUUUGCCUUCCAGCGAGCAAACCUGAUCACGAAUAUGUCGGACAAGACUAAGCAGAGGGCGCUCCUAGAUUUGCUCUUCAACACAACCUCGGGAGCAGGUUUGUCUAUCAUCCGCAAUGGCAUCGGCUCUAGUCCGGACAGCAGUUCCGACCAUAUGAACACGUUCGCGCCAAAGGACCCAGGCGGGCCAACUGCCGCGCCUCAGUAUCAGUGGGACGGCAAGGACUCGGGCCAGCUGUGGUUAAGUCAGGAGGCGUACAACACGUACGGAGUGCGCCAGAUCUACGGCGAUGCUUGGAGUGCCCCGGGAUAUAUGAAGUCGAACGGUAACGAAGCUAAUGGCGGCACUCUAUGCGGUGUCUCCGGAACUAACUGCCGGAGCGGUGACUGGAGACAGGCGUAUGCUGACUACCUCGUCCAAUACGUCAAGUACUAUGCCGAAGCUGGCGUUCCCGUUACUCGGAUCGGCUUCCUCAACGAGCCUGAGUUCACGACAAGCUACGCAUCGAUGAAUUCCAACGGCGCGCAAGCGGCCGACUUUAUCAAGGUCCUACACGCCUCGCUCGAAGCAGCGAACUUGACCUCGCAAGUCGGCAUUGGGUGUUGCGAAUCGGAGGGUUGGGGCAACCAAGUGAAUAUGGUUAAUGCCAUCAAGUCUGCCGGCGCGGAAGACCUGCUCGCUACGAUUACUUCGCAUACUUAUACUGGCGUCCCCGUCUGGCUCUCCGAACAAUGCGACCUGCAAGGACAAUGGACGACGUCCUGGUACAGCUACGGCGGCGCAGGCGAGGGCCUAACCUGGGCCAACAACAUCUACAACGCGCUGGUCAACUACAACAUCUCGGGGUACAUAUACUGGGAAGGCGUGCAGUGGCCCUCGCCCAACACCAACGAGAAGAUGAUCCGCGUCGACCAGCAGGCGCCCUACAACUACGAAGUCGCCAAGCGUCUGUGGGCCUUCGCCAACUGGUCACGCUUCGUGCGGCCCGGCGCUAUCCGCGUCGCGAGCAGCGGCGGCUCGGGCGUCAAGAGCGCUGCUUUCAAGAAUGUCGACGGGAGCAUUGCUGUCGUUGUCAUUAGCACCGGUGGUUCGGCGAGCAAUGUGAGCAUUAAGCUUAACGGGGCUAAUGCCACGGAGGCUACGGGUUGGGUUACGGAUCAGACGCACGAUUGCGCGCAGAUCAAUGUGACUGUUGCUAGCGGCUCUAUUACUGGUAGUGUUGCCGCCCGCUCUAUUACUACUUUCCAUAUCCCGGCACCGCCUGCUCCCCCGGCUGCCAGGAGCGAGGAGAGUCUGGGUGGUUGGCGGUUUGCGUGA